UUCUUUGUUUCGAAAAUAGGAUCGGUGUAGGAAGAAAAAUUCAGAAAAAGCGCGAUUUUGUUCUCAAAUGAAGAAAAAAUGACGGAUGUCAGAGAAAUCUCAGAAAAUGAAUGUAUUUGUACUUCAAAUCAUGGAACCUGCCUCUUUAUACUUACGCUUUUACUCUGCCUAAUAGUUUCUAAUCUAAGAAAAUGAAUGAAUGUUGCAAAAAUUUCAUAAAAUGAGUGCAUUGCAAUCGGAAUAACUGGAGGUCUAUAGGGCAACCUGCAAUCUCUGAUAUAGAAUGGAGGCUUCAAUUUUGUCCAAUACCAUAUGCUCAGUUUCGGUUCCAAGAACUGUUGUCACUUCAAGAGGCAAUAAGCCAAAAUCAUGCCAAAUCUCUGGAUGGAGCAGUAAUUUGAGGGGCUCAACCAAAGGACCAAGGAGUGGAAGUUACAAUUUUUCAUAUAAUAGCAGUAGUUUCUUCUUCCGAAAUGCCGACUCUCUCACCAGAAAUAGGAAAUCUCGCACUGGUGCACUUGUGUGCAGAUGUGAGGGACAGAAGAUCCUGGUUGCAAACAGAGGUGAGAUUGCUGUUCGUGUGAUUCGUACAGCCCAUGAAAUGGGCAUCCCUUGCGUGGCAGUGCAUUCAACCAUAGAUAAGGAUGCGCUCCAUGUUAAAAUUGCAGAUCAAGCUGUCUGCAUUGGAGAAGCACCAAGCAGUGAAUCCUAUUUACUUACCUCGAAUAUUUUAUCAGCAGCAGUUACCCAUAACUGUACCAUGCUGCACCCUGGAUAUGGUUUUCUUUCCGAAAAUGCUAAUUUUGUGAGCAUGUGUAAAGAACAUGGAGUCAAUUUCAUUGGGCCAAAUCCAGACAGCAUUCGUGUUAUGGGUGACAAAGCCACAGCUAGGGAAACAAUGAAAAAGGCUGGUGUUCCAACUGUACCAGGAAGUGAUGGGUUGAUAGAGUCAACAGAAGAGGCUGUAAGACUUGCUGAGGAAAUUGGGUUUCCAGUAAUGAUUAAGGCAACUGCAGGUGGUGGAGGCCGUGGAAUGCGCUUGGCAAAUGAACCAGGAGAAUUUGUAAAGCUAUUGCAGCAAGCAAGAAGUGAGGCAGGUGCAGCCUUUGGAAAUGAUGGUGUUUAUUUGGAGAGAUACAUUAAAAAUCCUAGACAUAUUGAAUUCCAGAUUCUUGCAGAUAAAUAUGGUAAUUGUGUUCAUUUUGGUGAGCGUGAUUGCAGUAUCCAGAGGAGGAAUCAAAAACUUUUAGAGGAAGCACCAUCACCGGCUUUGAAUCCUGACCUGAGAAAGGCAAUGGGAGAUGCUGCUGUUGCAGCUGCUACAUCUAUAGGAUAUAUUGGGGUUGGCACUAUUGAAUUUCUUCUUGAUGAAAGUGGUUCCUUCUACUUCAUGGAGAUGAACACUAGGAUUCAGGUGGAGCAUCCAAUCACUGAAAUGAUUUCCUCGACAGAUUUAAUCGAGGAACAAAUUCGUGUUGCUAUGGGAGAGAAGCUUCGGAUGACACAGGAUGAUAUAGUCUUACGAGGACACUCCAUUGAAUGCCGUAUUAAUGCAGAGGAUGCUUUCAAAGGAUUUCGCCCAGGACCAGGCCGGAUAACAAGUUAUUUGCCAGCAGGAGGUCCUUUUGUACGCAUGGAUAGUCAUAUUUAUGCUGAUUACGUAGUUCCCCCAAGCUAUGACUCUCUAUUAGGAAAGCUUAUUGUCUGGGCACCUACAAGGGAGAGGGCAAUUGCACGCAUGCAAAGAGCCCUUGAUGACACUGUUAUAACUGGAAUACCAACUACGAUUGACUAUCAUAAGCUUAUUCUUGAUGUUCAGGAUUUUAAAGAUGGAAAAGUUGAUACAGCAUUCAUUCCCAAGCAUGAAGAAGAGUUAGCUGCUCCUGAUCAAAUUCUGCGUUCACCUACAACUGUGAAAGCAUUGCCUUGAAAUCAAGUUUAAUCAUGCGAUCAUCAUUACAGGCAGCAUUGAUUGCUUUUUUCCUGUGGCAGUCACAACUUGUUUUAGAGGCUACAGUGUAUGCAGAAAGAAGCUAGUUAAUAAUUGAGUCUUCAAUUUCAAAAGUAAAGUUGCCUUUAUAUCCCCUUCAGUUGUAGUUUAAUUCUGGAGGUCGUUGAGUUGUCUGUUAAUGUCAAAAUUAUUGUUCCUUGGUCUCUUUCAUGGCUGUCUUCUCCUGUAGCCAUUAUUAUUUUUGAACUCAUUGAUGUGAUCCAUAUUUUUAGUCUGAAAUCUUCUCAAAUUUUGGCUCUUCAUCUAUCUUUGACUGGAUGAGAAGACUUUUUUUCUGCUAUUGUAAUACAUGCGAUUUUGUUUUCA